AUGAUCUGGCUCCUAUUUUCCUACAUUAGAGCCCCUCCCGUUCCCUUUAGCUCUGGCAGCCGUCCCCGUUAUACACGUAGCCCGCCACUUGCAGCUCCCCGCGCGCCGCGCACGCUUCGAGUGCCCGACGCCGUCGCCAAGUGGAGCGUACCAGAUCCUGCCACGCACGCGUUUGACGUGGAUGGCUCGGGGCAUCUCGACCAGCCUUUCUCGCCGUCCCCGCGCUCGCCGUCCCCCUACUCCCCGCGCGCGCGCCUCGCGCACUUCUCCAGCCUCCCCGUUCUCACGCUCGCGGAACAAGCCGACUCCGCGCCGCCAGCGUUCCCCAGAGUCGCGGCGCCCUCCUGGUCCGCGUUCGACAGACUCAUAGAGGCGGACGGGGCAGAUCGUCAUAGCUCGUCGGACGAUCAUUCGCUAUCGCAUGGUUCUAAUUGGCGUCGGCAUAGCGUGGGGCAUCGCAAGCGUGUUUCCCUCGGGGGCCUGCCGGUUUCGGUCCCUGUUGACGCGAUUUCGCACGCCGCCGGUGUCGUUGCAACGUCAGAAGGAGCUGCUGCGGCGGCUGCGGCAGCAGCAGCAGCGGCAGAUGCGGUGACGGUGGCUCCGCCGGUGCUAGGAGCAGGAGCAGCGGAUAGAGACGGACACUUGCAGCGCGAUUGCACGUUGAACGAGGGGAUUGCGGGAAUUGCGGGGAGCGCGCACCCUCUGUCUCCCUCGCACGCACCGUACGGCGCUUCCCCAGAUCCAGAUCGUAUUUUCACUCACCCCGCCAUGACCGAUGCUUUCUCACCCGUCUCCCGCUCCUACCGCGAAAUCUCGCGCACCGCCAGCAGCGACUCCGCCGCUUUAAGCGACGCGAUGGGCGGCUCGAGCAUGCUAGAGUUGUCCCUGGAUCCAAUCGAUCGGCCCCCCAUGCGGCCGCUUCCGCCCGUGCCAAGCCACGAGCGCCUCGAUAUGAUGGGGUUGGGGGAAAAUCUAAUCCCGCUGCGCAUGGUUCAGGAUGGCAUGGAUCUAGGCGCUUCGGCGAUUUCCGCCGCGGUUACCCCGAUGCACGGGUCCGCGGGCCGGGGGAUUGGCGGGGGAGGGGGGGCGGGCGGGGGAGGAGGCGCGGAGGGGUAUUUCUCCCACAGAGUGAAGCUGUUGGUGAGCCAUGGAGGGGGGAUCGUGCAUCAGGCGGGUUACCACCGCUUGCGCUACGUAGGCGGCGAGACGCGCUUGCUGUCCGUGCCGCGCCACAUGCGCUUCGUCGAUCUGCAGUCGCGGCUGGCGGACAUCUACGGCCACAACGUCUUCAUCAAAUAUCAGUUGCCAGGAGAAGACCUGGAUUCGCUCGUAUCGGUGUGCAAUGAUGAGGAUCUCGAGAACAUGCUGGAGGAGUGCGACAGGGAGGCGCAUAAGGCGUCGGGCGGCCGCCGCGUGCGCAUGUUCCUGGGCGGCAGUGCGGGAGCCCUGGCGGGGCACGGUCUGUCUCAGGUUCUUUCUCCUAAGAACCACCUCACGCCUAUUCGAUUAGGCCUACGCUCUGCCUCCACCUCCUCUUCUGCAGCUAACUCAACUGUCUCCUCCCCCACGCGAUCUGCCGCUGCCGCUGCUGCUGCGGCGGCGGCUGCUGCGGUUGGUAUGGGUGGUGUGAGUGGUGGAGUGCGGUUCAUGCAGUCAAGUCCACAUGCUGUUUCGCUUGCUGCCGCACACACUGCCUCACAUGCUGCCCCGCAUGCUCUUACACCUGCUGGUUCGCAUGCCAUCACACAUGCAGGUGCACCGCUGCUGUUACACCACGGUAUGCCUGCUGCUGUCGGGGCAGCGCAAGGGCAGGGGCAGGGGCAUGGGCUGGGGCAGCAGCAGCAGGUGGGGCAGCAGCAGGUGGACCAGCAACAGGGACACAGACAGUCGCUAGCUAUGCAGGUGGCAGUGCAGUCAGCACCGCUGCCUAUUCAGAUGCCUGUAGGCCUGGCAGCCCAGCAACAGCCCCUGCAGCAGCCGCUGCUGCCACAGCCGCUAGGGGGAUUACCUGCUCCUGCUGCCCCUGCUGCCCCUGCUGCCCCUGCUGCCCCUGCUGCUCCUGCUGCUCCUCACCCCGUGCCCGCUGCUGCUGUGCCUGUAUCGGGCACCACAGAACAGGGAGCGCUAGGCGGCAGGCAGAGCAGUGUGGAGGAGAAAGAGAUGGUAUCAAACGCUGGAGACUGGGACACAGCGCUGCUGACUCUCAUAGGCGAUCAUAGCGACCUGCAUGGGCAGGAACAGCAGCAGAAGAAUACACAUGAGAACUCACAAGCCCGUGCCACUGUGCCCCAUGCUGUGGUCCCAGCGCUUGGGGAGAAUGCAGGGGAAGUUGGGAAGGUGGGGGUUGCUGGUGUGUGUUCAGAAGUGGUGUGUGGAGGUGGGGAGAGAGGUGGUGGUGGUGGUGGUGGUGGUGCGGUUGGUGUGGAGAUGUAUGGGGGUGCGGGGCUUGUUGGGACGGAGUGUGUUGUGAUUGGGGAGGAAGGGACACCAGACACGCAGGUGCUGCAUCACCACCAGCAGCAGCAGUUGCAGCAGCAGCAGCAGCAGCAGCAGCAGCAGCAGCAGCAGCAGCAGCAGCAGCAGGAACAGCAGCAGCAUCAGUUGCAGCUGCAGCAGCAGUUGCAGGAACAGCAGCAUCAGCAGCAGUUGCAGCUGCUGCAGAAUCAGCAGCAUCAGCAACAACAGCAGCAGCUCCUGCAGCAGCAGCAGCAAUGGGCACAUGCAGCGCAUGAGGAUGCAAACCAAGACUCAGAAGAGGAGUGGACAUCAGAACAGCUCCAAAGGCGCUUCUCAAACGCCUCCUCUGCCUUUCUGCAGGACGACGCUUCUUCCGAGCCAUACCCUGUAGCCUCCAUACCAUCUGUCCCGUCCAUACCAUCCAUUCCAUCCUUACCGUCUGUGGCAUCUGUAGCAUCUGUAGCGUCACCUGAUUCCGCGCCUGCUACAGCUGCUACAGCCGUACCCGCUGUGUUCCCAGGCUCAGUGGCUUUGCCACAUCCUGCAGUACCCAUUCCUGGUGUAGCAGCAGCAGCAGCAGGCGGCGAGUUGGCUACGGGUGGGGGAAGCUCUGUUGUUGGACCUUCAACUGGGGUUGAGGAGCAACAGAUGCAGCCGCAGCAGCCGCCGCCGCCGCCGCAGCAGCAGCAGCAGCAGCAGCAGCAGCAGCAGCAGCAGCAGCAGCAGCAGCAGCAGCAGCAGCAGCAGCAGCAGCAGCAGCAGCAGCAGCAGCAGCAGCAGCAGCAGCAGCAGCAGCAGCAGCAGCAGGAGCUUAGGGAAGUGGCUGUACCUUUCUCUGCACCUCAGUUUCCCUCCACCUGGUCGCCUGUUCACUCUGCAGCCUCCCUCUCCCUCGCUCCCUCUGCUUUGCCUGCUGCCUCACAUGCCCUGCCACCUAGCACAACACACACAACGCCCUCGCACAUAUCAUCCCAUGUUGGGCCCAAGGUUGCUACUCCAGGGCAAGCGGCGACAGAAUUCGCAACAGCAGCAGCUGCAGCAGCGGCUGUAGCAGCAGGAACAGCAGCAGCAGCAGCCUCCCCAGCAGCAGCAGAAACAGAAUUUCCUGUUGCUGCUGAAUCGGCGACAUCAGUACUCGUGCCGAUUGUCUCUCUCCCGUCUUCUCCUGUGCAGCCCCCCAGGGCCCUUCCCAGGCGCCCAUCCGCCUCCGCCCUUGCUGCUCUAGACAACACCGCGCUCCCCCCUGUGCUCUCUUGGCUGGAUCUCUAUGCCAGCGGCUCGUCAGAGCGCCACGUGGCAGUUGACGUGGCAUCAAUGGUCCUGGGCAGCCUAGGCAUGUCUAUAGAGCAUCUAUCCCCUGGCGGAUCCGCCUUUCACGGGUCUGCUUCUCUCUCCCACACCACAGCCAGCAGUAGCGGGGCUGUCUCAUCCGGUCUCUCCUCUUCCUCUCUAUCUAGUGAUCCUGCCACUCCGCCCUUAGGCUCUCUGAAUGUGUACUCGGCUCAGUUAGGGGCGGCAGGGGAAGGGGUAGGUGAGGGGAAGAGGGGCUUGAUUGACAGUGCUUCUCUUGAGCGUGUGGUCCUGGAAGGCAAGGCAGAGCAAGGGCAGCAGGUGCAAGAGAAGGAGGAGAGGGAGGAGCGUGGUGGUGGGGGGGGUGAGAGCGUGGGGAGAGACGGGGCGGCAGCAGCAGGGGCAGCGGCAGGGGCAGCGGCAGGAGCAGCGGUAGGGGUAGCGGUAGGGGCGACGGCGAGUGGGGUGGUAGGGGCAGCGAGUGGGCAGGUGGUGGGGAUGGAGAAAGAGGUGGUGGAGCGCAUGGAAGCUGCUCUGUCCUCCAAGGGGAUAGGAGAGGCAUCAGGCGGAGCAGCAAGAGCGGAUCCGAGUGGCAUGCCGGUGGUGCCGGUGGGACGGCCGCCCACAGCGCCUGUGGGAGCCGGGAGGGAGGCCGAGGCAGAGGCCAUAAGACAAGGGCUGCAGACCAUAGCAAACGAGGACUUGGAGGAGCUGAGGGAGCUGGGGUCGGGCACAUAUGGCACGGUGGUGCAUGGCAAGUGGCGCGGCACAGACGUGGCAAUCAAGAGAAUCAAGGCGUCCGUGUUUGACGGCCGGUCCUCCGAGCAAGAGCGCAUGGUGGGGGACUUCUGGCGGGAGGCGUGUCUCUUAGCCGGGCUGCACCAUCCGAACGUGGUGGCGUUUUACGGGGUGGUGAAGGACGGAGCAGACAACAGCCUGGCGACGGUCACGGAGUUCAUGGUCAACGGCAGCCUCAAGAGCGUGCUGCAGCGCAAGGGCCGGUCCAUCGACAGGCGCAAGCGCGUGAUGAUAGCCAUGGACGCGGCGUUUGGAAUGGAGUAUCUGCACUCGCGCAACAUCGUGCACUUUGAUCUCAAGUGCGACAACCUCCUCGUCAACCUGCGCGACCCAGCGCGCCCCGUCUGCAAGGUGGGCGACCUGGGGCUGUCCAAGGUGAAGCACAAGACGAUGGUGUCGGCAGGCAUGCGCGGCACUCUGCCCUGGAUGGCGCCUGAGCUGCUGGACGGACACAAGAACGUGACCGACAAGGUGGAUGUAUACUCGUUUGGAGUGGUGAUGUGGGAGAUGCUCACAGGGGAGGAGCCCUACGCGAGCAUGCAUGCAGGCGCUAUCAUCACAGGCAUUCUCACGAACAGCCUGCGCCCCCCCGUGCCCUCCUGGUGCGACCCUGCCUGGAAGCAACUCAUGGAGAGAUGCUGGGCGGCAGACCCUGCGGAUCGACCCACCUUUUCAGAAAUUGUGGAGGCGUUGAGAGAGAUGGAGAGUAGUAUGGGCGGCGGGGCUGGGUCGGCAGGGCAGAGGUGA